AUGGAUGGCGACGACCACCGCAAGCAGCAUGAGCGGUUGAUGGCACGAUCUGGCAAUGCGGCGGCCAGAGGCCGUACAACCGAUCCCUUCGAGUCGGCCAUGCACCCACGUGGGGACCCAACGGGGCUGUCGCAGCCACCGGAGCGGGCUCAGAUGUCCUACGACUACGGGUACACAGGCAGCUCCUUCGCCGGCGGAUCGCUGCAGGGCAACGAGGUGCAGUCCUAUCCGCCUGAGUUCGCGCGGCCGCGCCAGACGCCGUCGACGAGCCAGCAGCGCCGCCGGGCGCCAGAGAUGCCGCCGUUCGUGCCGUACGAGCCGGCCAUGCUGUACGGAUUUGGUCAGCAGGGUCCAGCCCAAGGACCCUUUGAAGUUGUUCCACAGUACCCGACACGGCAGUCUGCAGCGAUUGAGGCCCUGUCGAACCAAUUUCCCGUUCCACAGUAUUUCACCCCCGAGGAACCCUCGGGGACGGGGGUCCCAGGGCUCUCGCCAUAUCUGAAUGCACAGCUGCCAUAUAAUCAACCCGGUCCCAUGGCACGUCCGAGCACCACACAACCCUUCCCCGCCACUAUGACCGAUUUCACGCCAAUUGGCCCUGCGGCGGCUGGCAGAUUGGAUCCGCCGCAGCAGCAGACAGACUCGCCUCAGCAGCCCGUGGCCGAUCCCUCCAACCUAGACGAAGCAUACACCCAGUACCGGCGAGCCCUGCACAGCACCUUCGACCAUGCGCGCGCCGGGCGAUUGGUGGAAGCCAGCCGAUCGCUGCUGGAAAUUUCCGAGUGGCUUGUGACUAACGCACGGGAUCUUGGCAUUCUGCGCGACGACCACCUCCUCUAUCAAGAUCGACUGCAGUUGUGGAAUGAUUUCAAUUUAUGUUGGCUGGCUGUCUGUCAGAAACAGAAAGAUAUCUCCCAAGAUCUGAUUGCGACGGGUCAUCCGCCAGCGCAUAUGAGCCUCAUCAGUCGAGAUCGAUUAGAAGCCAUGGGCAAGGAUUUGAUUCAGCUUUGUGACCAACUCGAGCAGUAUGGACUCGUCGAUUAUCAGUUGGGUAUAUGGGAAGAAGAGAUUCUAUGUGUUCUGGGUCAAUGCCUGGAUGUUAUAGAGAGCCGACCGGAGCUCCGCCGCAUUCCCGCCAUGCCUGAACCCGCCACAGCGGUUCCGCGGCCCUGA